AUUGACUUGUUCCUACAUGUAUAACAACUGAAAAUGGUGAGAGACGUCAGUCAUCUUUAUGAAUCUGGGUUGCAUACAUAACCGAUGUUCUCUUGUUGUACAGGUUGAAGAUUAUUAUCCGGCUCUAGAAAAUCUCCUUCAUAUAACUGCUGGACCACUUGUGAUAUUUUCAAGUUCAUCUGGAUUAGGUCGAAUCACGAAUUGGUCAACACAGGCUUUAGCUGGACUCCUAAAAGCAACAUUCACCUAUCAUCCAGAUUUCUGCAUAAAUUAUGAUCCAAAUGCAUGGACAGAAAAAAUUCUACUAUUCUGUCAUGUUAUACAUGUUUUCCACAGACUCUUACCUAAACUCUUUCUUACUGAAUCGAGUAGUUUUGGAUCACAUGAACAUUUGGCACGACUUCACAGACACAUUGAAGAUGAUACCUUUGACCUGGAAAUGCUAUCGGCAUUUCUGAAUCUUUUUAUUGUGACAGUGAAACUACCGUCUGUGAAGUUAUUAUUAUCAUCAAAUGAUGAAACCAGAAAAGUGGAAAGAAAGAAAUUUCUGUCAGUUAUACAGUAUGCUCUGUCAAAUUUAUGUUUGGCUACUGGACGGGCUUGGCUGUGUACAGCGUGUGCGGAUAGUUUGGUGACUUUAGAUGUUUUUGGCUUUCUCGACUAUCAAGAAGUCGGCAACUUGUUCAUUGGAAGAAAAUGCACAGACCAUGAUUUUUCCCAUGAUCUACUUCACUUUAUUUGUGACCUACUAAAAUCGUUAUUCAACCUAGUCCAAAUCCCGUAUUUGAAAGCUUAUUUUGUAAACAUAAGUUUCAAACUGAUGCAAUGUUUACUUUAUUUAUCAAAAUGCUUAGUUUAUUGUUCCAGUUUGGUAUACCCAUCAAUGACAUCAGAAUGUGUGUUAUAUGCAAUACGCAUUGUCGGUUGUCUUUGUUUUAAUGAGAUUGAGACGGGGUCGACCAGUCGUUCAACGGGUCUAACACAUCCUAACAAAAUAUCUUUAUUUAACAACUUUUUAUCAAUAAUAAAUUGGUACCAUCAACGUAGAUGUUCAUGGUCUAUGUGUGGCAUAGAGUUAUGCUGGUCUUUAACGAACUUUGUAAAGUGUUUCAAUGUGCCAAUGUUUUAUCAUCAAUUAGAAAAUGAUGAGGCUUUGAGCUGUUUUAUCGACUCAUUUUUAUUCAGAUUAUUCACAUUGGAGGGAGGUAGUAGAGAAGUGAUGUAUUUGUUGUAUGUGUCCAUAAAAAUGACGCAAUUCAGUAGUGUUACUGAUAAUAACAAUUAUUUUUGGUGGAUAAGAAUAUUAAACCAGUUAGACUGUCGAUUGAAACCACAGUUGAUUUAUUGGAAAUAUUUGAAACAAAAUUUACCAAGAUGUUAUAUUGAAACAUUUACAUAUUUGUUAAAAUUUUUGUCGAUUAUAUUAGUGUAUGACAAUAGAGUUUUGUGGAAGUAUAUCAAAGAGAACUGUUGUACCCUUUUAAAGCUGUUUUCUUUGUGCGAUAACACUUUGAGAAUACUACCUUCCUUAACUCCAUCAUCAUUGUCAGUGGAAGAAACAAUACGGGUAAUAUGUUCAUCGAAUUCCAGUGAAGACAUAAUUUCAUAUAUAUUAUCAGUUGUCGAAUAUGUUUCAUGAGUAAAAUGUAUGCUAUCUCUCCUUUUCUACUUGUAAUAAUCAAUCUUUUUGUUAAAAUUUGUACACACUUUUGUUAACAUGUAUUGACUAGAUUCUGAACAAAUAAAAAACUUAAAAUUAUCA